GGACACAACAGUGAUCGGCCGAAGCCGAUCACAAAAAACAACCACAUCAGUGUUUAAGAGUUAGAUUUUAUAUUCAAUGUCAUAUUGACAGAGGAAAUGGCCUGGUGCGCCUUUUUGGUCCUAAGUCUAUUGUCACUUUCGUAUUCAUUAGAAAGUGACUUUCAAGAAAUACAAGUUGAGAAAGAUCCCCGCUUAUCUGCUCGUGAGGUUGAUCAUCAUUUCUGCAUGACUAAUGCUGAUGAUUACCGAACACUUUACGAACGUGCACAGAGCCAAAGAUGCAGUACAUCAUAUUCCGUGCUUGUGAAUGUGGAAAGAAUGCGUGUACACCGCUAUCCAUGUCUACAAUUGCUAAUACAACAAAUAUCAAGUCUUCAUUCGGAAAAAUGCACAUGUGCUGCAUCCCAUGGCUUCCGUUUUGACUUUGUUUCGAUUGAUAAUGGACACUACCACGAUUGCAUUAAGAACAGCGUGUACCGGCAUGCUGUGAACCUAUUUCUAACUCACCAGCCACAUGAUACGGGUUACCCAUCUCCUCAAAAUGUCCACUGCCAGGCCAACGCUCAAAUAUGGGACAGUCUUCAUGAUCUCUUGCACUCUAGCAGUAUCUGCUUUAGGGACUUCAUACGUCACAUGUAUGUUUCCUUCAAACACCAUGGGGAACCACCGUGCCAUUAUAAAUGCCAAUCCCAGUCCGCCGGGUCUCAAAGUACAAUCAGUCCUAGUCCUACAACUGUCGAAAUGCACGGACACCAUUACUCUUCGACAGAGCUUUACCAUGCAUACGAGACGGGAGUAUGUCUUAGUGAGCACACAGUGUGGUCGUUUCUUCAUAAUCAUUUACCGAGUGGAAUGUCCCAAGCUGACGUCAUUUAUCACAUGGCAGACAUCUAUCCGCAUGGAACAGACAGCAAAUGUGCUUGCACGAAAAGAUUUGAUCUCCAGUUCCACUGGCUGCAUUAUGACAUUGUUCAAAAUUGCCUAAAGGACCAUGUGUUUAGUGGAACAUUUUACCAUCUGCAAAAUGUACAUCAUCACCAUAUGACUCAGAGCUGUCACAGCCAUAUGUCGGUCUGGAAGGAUCUGAAAAUCCUGUUGGACCACUUGGACCACAGAAAUGAUCGAUGUGUUGAUAAUCUAGUGAACCAUUUAUUAGCGUCUUUACAAGAUCGCGGAGAUCCAUGUUCUUGCCAUCAAGUAAUCUCCACGACUACUACAAAGACGCCAACGUCCUCCACCUCCAGCCCAGGUCCGAUGCAUCAUUGUUCAAAAAUAAAAACCGUGGAAGCCCUGGCAGAGUUCCAACAGAUGUAUCCGCAGAUAGGGCAAGAUUGUUCAGGUCAAAGGUCAGCUUCUGACCUUAUAACAACUGACCUUUGUGGGUUUAACGUAACAUCACAGAGCUGGCUACCUGGGAGUAAAGUCAGUGAUUUCUGUGACGUAACCAGUAACCUCUACAGUGCGGUGGCGACCUUCAGGAAUGGAGGAUACCCUUCAGACGGUCUGGCGGGAGUAUAUGUAGGGUGUAACGCUACAUCUGUUAAGAUUGCGACUCAGGAAUGUGGCGGCAAAUUUGAAAUUGUGGAAAUCCCCCGAAAUCCAUCGCCGACAGACACUUUCACCCAUUCGAUCUCUAACUACUACGCUAUUACAUUCUAAGUCUGAGCUUAGAAAUAUAGAGCCUCUGUUUCAUUUUCCUGGGAAAUAAUCAUAAUUUUAAAAAUUAAAACUUAAAAAAAAUUG